GCAUCCCCUCCUCUGGGCUCCAGCGCGAGCUCCUCCUUGUUCCCUACUUAGCAGUGUGUAGCUUAUUCAGAGUACGUGCACGACACGGCGACCCCCGCGGCCAACUGCCAGAGCGCGCGCUGGGCUCUGCCAAUCAGCUUCUUCCUCCGUUCCUUGGCAGGUGGCGCGCGUCUGUUUCAGACUCUGGUCCAAGAGCAACAUUUGCAUUCCUGGCCAAAGUCCGCGGAGGGUCCUAGUGAGCUCAGCUCGGUCUCAUCUUCCAUCCGUUCUGUCGGAAAAGUGGUUCUUAUUGUGACGCCCGGGUACUUUGCUGGCUGGCUUUUAGAACUGAAACCUGAGGCAUCAUGCAGGGCUCCAAGAAACUAGUGAACACAAUUCUGAGUUGUGCAGAUGAUUCAUUGGCUGGAAUAGUCGCAUGCAAUCCUAAUCUUCAACUUCUAAAUGGGCAUAGAGUGGCACUACGUUCUGACUUAGAGAACAUAGAGGGCAAAGUUGCACUUAUUUCUGGCGGUGGAUCAGGACAUGAGCCUGCACAUGCAGGAUACAUUGGAAAAGGAAUGCUCACUGCAGUGGUCGCUGGUCCAGUAUUCACUUCCCCUGCAGUGGGUAGCAUUUUAGCAGCAAUUCGGACUGUGAAACAAGCUGGAGCAGUUGGGACAUUGCUAAUAGUGAAGAACUAUACAGGAGACCGUUUGAAUUUUGGGCUGGCAUUGGAACAGGCACAGGAAGAAGAGAUCGCUGUGCAGAUGGUGAUAAUUGGUGAUGACACUGCCUUUGCCACCAAGAAGAAGACUGGCAGGAGAGGCCUAUGUGGCACAGUGCUUGUACAUAAGAUGGCUGGAGCGUUAGCUGAGGCAGGUGUUGGUCUGAAUGAAAUUGCUCGUAGAAUUACUACUAUUGUAGGAGCAAUGGGAAUCCAUGGGGAAGCAGGUGUGCGCAGAAUGAAGAUGACAACAGCACAUCAGAUAGUCAACAUAAUGUUGGAUCACAUGACCAACCCUUCCAAUGCCUCUCAUGUGCAACUCAGGCCUAAUUCUUCUGUGGUCUUGGUAGUGAACAACCUGGGUGGAUUAUCCUAUCUUGAGUUGAAUAUAGUAGCUAGAUCUGCUAUUUGCUCUCUUGAGAGAAGAGGUUUUCAUAUCGCCCGGUGUUACGUUGGUUCCUUUAUGACUGCAUUGGAAAUGGCAGGUGUCUCCCUUACCCUUCUUCAAGUGGAUGAAGAACUCUUGUUCCUCCUUGAUUCAGAUACUACAGCUGCUGCCUGGUCAAAACCUGUCAGGAUGUCUGUGACAAGAGAGAAAAGAGAGAGGCCAGCACCCAAAGAGUGUCCUAAAGAAGAAGGGCCUGAGCCAACAAAAGUGCCAUCUUCUCCUCACAUGAGAUUGAUUCUGGAGUGUGUGUGCUCUAAAAUGCUUAGCCUACAGGAGCAACUCAAUGAACUUGAUCGUGCUGCAGGUGAUGGAGAUUGUGGAAACACACAUGCACAGGCUGCCAUUGCAAUCCAGAAUUGGCUAGAUGCUAAACCGCUGCCUCAGCGACCUUACCAACUGUUCUCUUCACUAGCCAAGUUGCUCCUGGAAACGAUGGGAGGCUCUUCAGGAGCGCUUUAUGGAUUAUUUCUGACAGCAGCUGCUCAGUCUCUACGGACUGAUGAUGACUUAGCAGCCUGGUCUUUAGCGAUGGAUGCUGGAAUCAGUGCUAUGAUGCGAUAUGGAGGAGCUGUACCAGGAGACAGAACCAUGCUGGAUUCACUCUGGGCUGCUGCAAAAGAACUCAAAGCUUUGAAGACCCCAAAAGCUGAUCUGAUGGAGGUUCUGUCCAAGGCUGUAAAUAAGGCAGAGGCUGCUGCUGAAUCUACAAGGAAUAUGGAAGCUUCCGCAGGCAGAGCGAGUUAUAUCAGUUCAUCUCACCUAGAACAGCCUGAUCCUGGUGCUGUAGCAACUGCGGCCAUUCUCCGGGCAGUGUUGGAAGGGCUACAGGCUAAACCAUAGUAACUUCAUGAUAUUCUUCCUUAAUAGAAAUCAUAUUUUAAUACUAGCUUAAAUGUCCCAUCACUAUUCUAUCCCUGCUGUGCAGGCCUUACUAAACCCUGGUACUUUUGGCAUGACAAGGUUUAUUUUAACUUACAAAGCUUUCUUGCACAUCAUUUGGUGUUGUUCUUGAAAUGUCAUGCUUGAGAACCGAGUUAUGUUUGUCUGGGGUCUAUGUUUUUUUCAUGCUUUUUGGAUUUUGGUGAUUGCAGGAUCCUCUUUUCAAGUUGUUCAAGUUGUUUUUAUGUACUGCAUUUCUUCGCUGUAUACAAGAGGUGUUUUAAGUUUUGCUGAAGUUAUGUAAUGGUACAUUCAAACAAUAUUGUAGCAAUAUAGCUUGAACAACUAAGUAAAAUGUAUGCAAAGAUCUUCUAACUGUAGAUACCAGGUAUAUAAAUAUGCCAGAAACUUUAUAAAAUACUUCAUAAACCA